CAUUCAUUAUUACCUAGUCACUCAUUUAAACUUGGACUAAACGACUCGCCACUUUGUACACUUUGCUCACUUCAUCCUAAUGAGUAUAUAUGUGACCUUCCUCAUAUUUUAUUUAACUGCCCUGCACUCCGACUUAAAAGACUAAUUCUUUUCAACACUCUUAUGUCUCUUAAUAUUCCCAUCAAUCUUUUUUCCAUCUUAAACUCUAAUUCUGAAACAGCUAUCAAAACAAUAAUUGCCUUCAUACAGGCUUUAUUAUAUAGUAUAUAUAAGUACUUAAUUUUUUGUUAAUCUCAAUUCUAUAUUGUUUUAUUCUUACUAUGUAAUUGUUAAGCUAUCAUAGUCUAUACUAGCGGCUUUUAAAUAAAUAAAAAAAAAAAAAUCAUAUAUUCAUAAUUUUUAAAAUCAUUGGUUUGCGUUUAUUCUUGUCCUUAUACGUUUUAUACAUGUACGAAUAUUUUCUGAAAAUUGUACCUAGUCCUAUACCUGGCUAUAUCUGUAAUUAAUAUCGUAGUCUGCACUCGGUACCUAUAUUAUACCCUGCAGCACACGUGUAAAAAUCAACUAACAGUGACACAGUGGUGUUGUGUGCAAAAUUUAAAAUUUGAACUACGUAUUUAAAAAGUGUAGGUAAAAGUUUACUGAACCAAAAAGAGAUAAUGCAUUGUGGCUUUUUUCUACUUUAUAAGUUUCAACUUUAGUCCGUCAUCCGACAGUUGGUUGGGAUUUCGUUAGUUGACAAUAAUUGUCGUACGGAUUGUAUUCUUGUAUCUCGAGGCAGUGAUGGGGCAAAACGUGCAUAGUUGGAUGUUUAACAGACAAAAUAGCGAGUGAAAAGUUGCACUCAACGGCUCCCGCCAAUAACGACUGACGAGUAAUGGGUCGAUAAAUUAAUCAAUUAUAGCGAGGUAAUUGUAUUUGGCGCUGCUUCUCGGGAUCGAUACAACUUAAGCAUAUAGGCAUUUAAUAAAGUUUAAUCGGGGACCUAUUGUACCGGGGGCUAUAUACGUUUAUGUAGGUAUAUUAUUAAGCUAUAUAUUAUACCAUAUCUGUAGCUAAACUAUAUUAUUAUGUUAUUAUAAUAUACUAUUCUCCGAUGUGUCCUGCGUACGUCACAAUAAUCGGCACCUCGUCGUAUUUAUAGUGUUCUAGUAUAUUCUACCGGUGCUCGCGUCCAUCUGUUAAUCUAUUUUCAGACGUCUCCGAGGCGGUCACAGUCGAUGGGAUUCGAUUGUUCGAUACCGUGGGCCCAUAUUCACGACACCCGAAAAUCGGCGAUCAGUGUUUCCGGCACAGGCACAUUGAUCGGACACGACCAUCGCGUGCAAUGACACAACAACUGCAAUGACAGUAUAAUUAUUUUAUCUUAUUUUAUGUACCACGCGGUGAUAAAUAAUUGGUUUGCCAUAUACCUACUAUAGUAUUAUAACCACAAGAGGAGCCAAAUCGCUCACAUCCCAUAGCCGUGUCAAGUGUCGACUCAACUGCGUAAUAGUCCACACUUAUUGUAAUGGAUUCGUGGCUGUCGGUGGACGUGACAACGGCCAAUGUCCUGUCCAGAGACAAUCGAGGAUCCGUCCGCGGAGUCAAGACGCGUACAUAUUUUCUUCGACUCGACCGCAGACAAUGGAUAUAUCGUCAGACGUCUGGGGGCAGUUAGCAUUAGAGGCUUCUCAGGUGUAUAUCGAUGACGGUACAGGAGGACCCGCCAAGAGCCCGUACGCCGGAACGACGAUCGAAAAAUUGCCGGAUAAAGUUUUGCUGAACAUAUUUUCGUACCUGAGCCACAAAGAAAUAUGUAGUAUGUCAAGAGUGUGUAAAAAGUGGCGCACGAUUGCGUAUAACACGUCCCUGUGGUACAGCGUAUCUCUGAGACCGGAAAUAUCAGGACUCCACGUCACGUCUCUGGACUUUUUGUUGUCUUUGAUCAGUGUGAGAUUCGGCUCUUCGUUGCGCUACAUCGAGCUGCCCAUCGAGCUUAUAACGCACACAGUCUUGCACGAACUGGCCAAUAGGUGUCCAAAUCUCACUCACAUGCUACUCGACUUCUCGACCGCCAUGCAACUACACGAUUUCAGCGAGCUCCAAGCGUUCCCCACCAAGUUGAAAUACCUCUGCGUGUGCCUGUCGGAAGUGAUCUUCAUGGAAGGGUUCAUGAGAAAAAUCUACAACUUCAUCAACGGACUGGAAAUACUUCACCUGAUAGGUACUUACGAAAAAGUCGAGGAGGAAGAAGAAGAGAUUUACGAAGUGAUAAACGUGCACAAACUCAAAUCGGCGACGCCAAACUUGAGGGUCAUAAACUUGUACGGGAUAAACUUCAUCGACGACAGUCACAUUGACGCGUUCAGCUCCAAUUGUAUACAACUUGAGUGUCUGGCCGUGAACUAUUGUUCCAAGGUCACGGGAUCUACAAUGAAAACGUUAUUUCAGAGAAGCAAAAGGCUCAGGUGCCUCUUAAUGAAUCAAACGAAUCUCAUCAGCGAGUAUUUAAUGCAAGUGGAAUGGGAAAAAUCUUCGAUUCAAGAAUUAGACAUAUCUGGGACCGAUCUCUCUACCGAAUGUCUAAUCGAUAUGUUAGUUCGGAUACCGAAUUUGAAGUUUCUGAGCGCAGGCCAGAUGAACGGAUUCAACGACACUGUGUUAAGUUCGUUCAUGGAACAGGGUAACGUCAGGAAUCUGAUCGCGCUAAACUUGGACUAUUCGGACAAUUUGUCGGACGAGGGACUUUAUAAAUUUUUGUCCCGUUAUGGACAUCAGCUACAGGGGCUUUCUUUGGCCGGCAUGCCACAUAUUACCGAUCAACUGUGGAACACAGUCCUACCGGUUCUCAACAAUGUCAUAAUUAUGGUUAUGGGCACUCAAGAGAGACUAUCUGGUAACGUAUUAGUAGAUCAACUUAUGGACGGUAUAGCUACAAAUUGUCCGAGAUUAGAAAGACUCGAAUUGAAAUGGGAUCCGGAUAAUUUAAGAUUUUCGGAUAAAAGCCAAAAAGCGAUUGAUAUUUUUCGAGUGAAAUGUUUGAAACUCAAAUGCUUGGUUUUAAGCGAUGGAAGGUAUUACGAAAUAGUGAAAGCAAACUUCGAAAGAGCAGAUAGACUAACGGUGGUUAGAACCACUACAUGUUGUAGUGUCUCCAAUUAUUACCUACUACAAAAUUACAAAGAUUUAAUAUUUAAUUGAUUCCAGAUCAUUUAUAAUUUAUAAAAUUAAUUAAGUUAUCAAAAUGUAAAUAAUUAUGUUUCCGACGGUAUAUAAUAUUAUUAUAGUGUCAACCAUAUAUUAUAGUCUAAGCACCUUAAACAAUAAUAAAGUAUACAUAUUUCAUAA